AUGGCACUGAUGGCAGCGAUGCUUCUCAAGUUGUUAGUCGUCUUCUGUUGGCUGUCCACUGGCAUCGACGCCAGUGGCAGAGGCUUCCAGCCUGCGCUGAGAGCACCUGGGCCCGGCCCCAGCCUGCGCUCCAACAGCACCCACGCUCACGGACCGAACAAGCGCUUCGCCUCAUUCGAACCCGGUUCAAACAAUAACCUGUGGCCGGGUCGCACGAUCACCUUCAGCACCGAGAAUUUAAAGGACGUGAUCAAUGCCGCGACGCAGCUUAGGAGAGCACAAGCUCUCUGGACAGCGAAUGGGCUACCAGAUGACUUCCAAGUGGAAUACAUCUCAAGGACGGAAUGUGAAAAACGACGAUCCACAUGCCUCAUGGUCAAGUACGUCAGCAAGGGAGGCUUCUCGUCAAACGUCGGCAUGCCGCCAGUGGACAGCAAGGGGGACUCGGACUACAAGGGUCCCGUGAUGACGCUGCUGACGGAAGAUGCUGAAGGGAGGCGUGCGCUCAACGACAACCCCAGUGGAGACAAGCUCAACGUCGUCAUUGCCCACGAGCUCGGGCACGCCUGGGGCCUGAUUCACGAGCACGCAAAUCCCGUCUACUGGAAGAGGCUGUACCACAACGAUGAGCGCUGGGACGGCAACGCGUUUUGGAGCCCCAACUUUGUCUGCACCAAUAUUCCUGGCUACAGUGCCGCCAAGGGCAGGGCCCAGAAACUCAUCGAUGCGCCGGGUUCCAAGUUCAAGACCCUCAGCGCAGAAGACAUAUGCGUCAACUGGGGCCUUGCCAAGGCGGCAGAUUUCGCCGCGUCCGACUUCUUGCCAGGGAGAACCAAGAUCUGGGCGGACAGAAUAGACAAGGCCCAGGCUCAGGAAGAAGAUGUCGAUUGGGACUCGAUCAUGAUGUACUCCACGUUUCAUCUUGGUCCGAACAACGGAGUCCUGUACAAGCCUUUCCAAGAAGACACGAUCCCGGAGCGCACCAAGCCGUCGCAGCGCGACAUUGCGGGUCUCAUCGCCCUGUACGAGGCCGGAUACAAGCGUGAGGCGCGGGGCCCGUUGCACAACGAGCAGGACAGCGCCGAGCUCAGCGAGUUUCGCAAGCUGACCUGCGGCUAG